AUUUAGUGCGGGCGCAAUUUAUUGGAUCUCAAAUCUCGAUAUAUUCAAAAACUAAAACUAAAACGUUUUGUAUAGUGUAUAGCCAUUAAGCCGUAUUGUAUUAUUUCAAAGAGCUUUUUUUAAUAUCCAUAUAGACCAAGAAACCUGAACUAAGUGUAUUGGACUAUGACGAUGAGUAACAUGGGCGUUUUUGCAGAAUUUAUCGGUAGGAAAGUGAAUAAGGUGAGAUGGAAGCCAAAUGACCUGAUGGCAUCGACAAUGUUUGUUACUGGUUCGUGGGACAACGAAGAGGACAAUGUAUUAGAAUUGUGGGGACUGACUUCAGAAAACGAAAACUCUACCAAAGAUUUCCCUCCAAAACUUUUAGAUUCUGUACAGCAAAACGGAAAUGUUACACAAAUUAAAUUUUUAGAUAACAAAUUUGUGGCUGUUAGUACUGACAACGGAGCAGUUAAAGUAUAUCGUAUCAUUGAUGAGAAUGAAGAUUCUAAUAUUCAUCUUGAAACAGUUAUGGCUUGUGAAGAUUUACAUUCAUUUGGUAAAGGACAGAGAUGUUCUUGUAAGGAUCUUGCUGUAUGUAAUUAUACAUUAGCGACCAUUGGUGAUGACUGUAAACUUAAUGUCAUAUCAUUAAACACUAAACAAAUUCAUCAAGUUUUAGAAGGCAUAAGUAGCUCACCUUUAACGUGCAUUUGUUUCUUAACUGAUACUGAAGUUCUUUGCUGUAAUUCAUUAAGCCAGAUGAAACUUUGGGAUUUACGAGUUGCUAAAAGUAAAAUAACAGAUAACAUCAAUAAUUUCACUCAGACUCAAGUGCCAAUUACAUGUGUUGCUCAACAUCCUAGUCAAAAGCAUUUCAUUUUCACUGGUUCUGAAGAAGGAGAUAUUGGUGUUUGGGACAUGAGAACCAACAGCUUAUUAACAACUAUGAGCAGUGGUGAUGCAUCCUCACUUACUGAAAUAGCAUUCCAUCCUUUAGAACCAGACCAUUUGUUUACAUGUUCAUUUGGAGGAAGAUUAUUACAAUGGAGCUCUAAAAAAUCUUAUAUGUGUCGUAUUGACCCAGGAGAUAUGGAAUAUUCAAAUUUUUGGGUAAAUACGGACAAGGUAAAAACACGAUUGUCAAUCAAUGAUGUAAUACAACCAAUUUAUAUGCCAAUAAACUCAUUGGAUAUACAAAAACAACAACUUAUUUGUGGUGCUGACAAUGAAGCAGUUUACUUUCAACGUAACCUUAAAAUUUAAAUUUAAACACAAUUUAACAAAACACAUUAUUUGUAAAAAAAAAAAAAAUACUUAUUAGUUUAUUUAAAUUUAAAUAUGUUAAUUAAAACAAAUUAAACAAUUU